UGGAGUGAGAGCGGACGACAACUUGGGAGAAUGUGGGGGGGGGUGAAUGCGGGGGAGCGCCGGAUCAAAUGACUCUGCCAUGCAAACAGUAUAAGACGCUGUUGCUAUUUAUAGCGCGGAAGUCGCGAUGCGCAAGGCGAUGGCGAAAGGGUCCAAGCUCGCGCGCAAGCCGACCAAGCCGUACGAGCUGGGCGACGACAAGCACAAGCAGCUGCUCGGUCUCGGCGGCAACGAGAACGCGCUUCUCGACCCGGACGAUGAAGACUACAUGCGCAGCGUCGUCGAAAAGCUCGAGCAAGACUUGGCCCGGCGACAGGAAAGCUACGUGCGGCGCGAGCGGCAGUACCAAGUGCGCAUUGAGGAGCUCGAGAAGCUUCUAACCGAGGCCAAGGCCAAGAAGGCGUCGAGCGCGUCCCAUGAAGAUACGAUGUGCUCGCUGCGGCAAGUGCACAAGAACAUUCUCGGCAGCAUUGCCCAGGUGCAAGAGCGCACGGGCAAAAUUCUCCAAGAGCAAGAGAAGGAUCUGCUGCGGGCCUUCCGCGCACGGCUCUACAGCGUGCAAGAAGAGCUCGAGACAGAGAAGAACAAGACGGACGACGGCGCGUCGGCAUGGAUCGACAAGAGCAAGCAGCUCGAGACCGAAGUCGAGUGGACAAAAGAGAUGGCCGACCGCCUCGACCGGCUCAACCAAAGCCUCACGCGCGAAAACCAGCGACUCAAGACGCAGUUUUCGAUGCAGGAGAACGACCGCGAGUUCCUCGUCCGGCAACUCGUUAGCGUCAAGAAGGACAACGUUCGGCUACGAAAAGAGCUCACGGACGCGCUCAACGACAACAGCCGCCUCAAGGAAGAAGGUCCGCUCGGCGACGAGAUGCCCGCCAUCAAGCGCGGUACGAGCGUCAAAUCGGAUAAAUCCAAGUCGCCCGUCGCGGGAUCGCUGCCCGCCAUGGCAUCGCAUCGCGGGUCGUCGGCCGGUGUCCUCACGCCCAACCUACCCGAGGUCGACAACCGAUACAAAGAAAUCAUCAAGCGGCUCAAGCGAGUCCUCGAGGUGGAGCGCCGCAAUUUACGCCAAGUGCGCUCGGCGUACACGGCCGACCUCCAAACCCACACGGAGCUCUCCAUGUUCUUAAAGCAGUGCAUCGAAGACGUCAAAGCGCAGAUCACCGACCCGAGCGCCGUCCGGCACCUCGAGCCCAUGCAUGUGAUCGGGACAACGCUCACGGGCGGUGACCGCCAGCGCGUCAUCGAUGUUUUCUUGUCCCAAGAACGCGUCUUGAGCUUGCUGUAUGCAAAAGCGUUCCCGCUGCCGACAACUCCGAUCGUCCCGCACGACGAUGUGACCAAAGAAGACAUUCGAGACAUCUUCCACGAAGCGCCAGUCCCUGCCAUGCAUAAUCUGCGGAGCGAGCACAGCGCCGAGUCUCUCCACGAAGACGACGACCGGUAGUACGACGAUCGAUGCGCUGCGGUACAAGGUUGCUUAGCGCUAAGGGAAUAAGGAUAGCAUCAAGCCAUGAUUUAGUGUUAUG